GUGUCUGGGCGCUGCUUGGUCUUACGGUUCGGAGUAGUCCUGUUUGAAACGCUGUAUUUUAAUAAAUAACGAGCAACAUGUGUGUUCGGGAGCGAACAACAGGAACUUAACUUCACUUUUCAGCGUGUUUGAACAAGUUUAAAAGACAACGCUCGAGCUGGAGAAGAAUAUUCAAUCUCGGCCCGCUCCUUGCGAGUGAAUGAAAUAUGGCGGAGAGUUUUUACAAGCUGGAGGAUGAAACCUUCCCCAGCUUCCUCGGCAGGUCUCUGGACAGCGACCGCGUCACACUGGAGAAUGUCACUCUGGGUUCAGGUCCUGGGCUGCCUGUGGCUGCCUCCACGGUAGCUAAAAUUAGACCCAGCUCCGACAGCAGAGGAGAUCACGAGGAAGCUUCAUAUCUGGAGGGCAAAGCACAACUAGGCAAGUCACAGUCAUCUGUUGCAGGACAUCCCAAGUUUUCCCUUGGCUUCAAAGAUGAUUCGGAGAAUGCAAAUGACUUCAUUGCCACCCACCAGCUGACAGACAUGCUUAUUAAGAUCAGUCUGGAUGGGAGUCCAUCCAGAAACCAAGGUUCUGUGCUGGGCCUUCUUCCCACCCAAGCAGGUUCAGUGUCCGGUCGGCCCACAGAGCUAGGGAGCGAUCUUUCAACUGGUCCUUUGACAAUUGCCCACCUGGGCCAGAAGAACAGCAAAAAGGUUGUAGAGGUGACAUCUGAGGCGGACCGCUUGCCCGGUGUACUGGACAGUGACUCCUGCAGUGGCAGUAAUUCCAGCUUCUUGGCCCAUGAAAAGCUCAUGUCUGUGGACACCAUGAACAGUGAUGUGACAGAUGAUGACCUUGACCUGAACAACCUGCCUGAUGAUGAACUAGAGGCAUAUUUCAACAAACUGGUUCCUCCAGCAACACAGAGAGGCAGAGUGGAGGGGCAGGAGAUUCCUGUGACUGGAGUGGGGGUUGCUGCAAGUUAUACGUCUGAUGCCAGUUCAGAAGAGGCACAUAAGAGAAGAUGCCAGUUCCUCAAUCAGGAGGAUUUCCGGAUGCCUGACGUGCGACUCGCUGCUACUGGCAUGGACUCGUGUCCAGCCAGUGACGAGGACACCGAGGACGAGCUGGAGACGGCCAGAAGGAACAACGCCAAGACACGGCUGUUGCCCAGCACGUCCAGACAACUGGUUGGAGAAAGUAACCGUCCCAGUUUCAGGCCGGGUUUAGAAGGCGGCAGUUCAGGCGACGAGGCUUCCUCUGGUCGUGGCGGUCCAUCGCUGCUUCCUGGGAUCGGACACAGACGAUCAGCUGAAGGACAGGUCAUCAACUCUCCUGUUGCAGGGGAUGGAGGUGGCGGCGAUGGCAGCAGCGGCAGCGAGGAAAGCGGAAACGACGGCGGAGUUUCCACCAUCCCUGUUCCAGUCAAAGUCCUGACCACAUACGAAGCCCUGCGUGGCCUGGGCUUUGUGGGGAGCAGGCCUCUUAGUGAGGAGGACAAUAAGGACUUCAGCAGUCUCCCUCAAAACAUGAACGGUUUUCCGAGAUUUACACAGAUGGGCGACCGCGUCGGACCUGUAGGAACCGGUGAGGCCAACUCGUCCUCCGCAGUGGCAUCUGACACGCACUGGAAGAGGAUGCUGGACAGACAAGAGCCCCUGGUGCUGGACACCAAAAAGGAUGCUACUGAUGACGAGGCGGUGGAUGAGCCUGAUGGGGCCCGGCACUCGUUGGGUCCUAGAGGAGGCCCCUGUGGUGAUGUGGCAGCUUCAGAUGGUGCUAGUGAAGAUGACAACCCUCUGUCCACUUCGCUGGAAGCAAAGUAUUUCUCCCAGAGCUUCCAGCAGGAUCCGGAGGAGUUGGAUGAAGGCUGGACCUACUGUCCAGACCACAUGGAGCUGGAGUUUCAGCAAGGAGCCAACGCCGGUCAGAGUGUCGUUUACCAAAAUGAAGAAGGAAAGUGGGUCACCGACCUGGCUUAUUACUCCAACUUUGAGAAAGAAGUUGAUGAGAAGAAAUUGGAUAAUAAGAGCCAAUAUCUAAAUGAGGACUUUCUACCUGCUGGUGAUGCUAUGGAGAAGAUAGUGAAGGAUCAAAUGGAGUUUGAGAAAGAGAACCAGUUUAUGCAGGAGGAGCAGAUUGAGUCAGCAGCUGGAGGCAACACCACCUUCCACAGUGACUCUUCCUGGAAGAUUCCACCCAGCAGCAACAUCCUGAUGAGGGCUUCCCAGGUCUCAUCGGAGAUCAGGCAGGGAGAUGAAAGCUACCUGCGGCUGUCUUUAGGACAGUUCUUCAGCCAGCGCUCAGAAGCUCUGGGCUGUCUCGGCAGAACUGAUGGAGAUGAUGUCAAACGGCCAUCCUUUGGUUACAUCAUCACAUCUCCAGAAAAGAGGGAACCUUUUCCACUCAUCCAACCAUCUGACUUCUCAUUUGAUGACAACUUGCAUCUCGGUGCCACUGUAGACCUUGGUGAAGUAGACAAAACUCUCAACACAGAAGAUUUGGACAAAACUCAGAAUGCUGCUGGUGAAAGGUUGCCACCAAAAGGGGAUCCUGACCCAGAAACUUGUACAAUUGAGGACCAUAUAGGAGCUGCCAUGUCCGAAUACACUCCAGGCUCAGGAUCUGAGUCGACCAAGGCAAAUCAAAGUGUUUUGUCUCCAGAUAACAACAACAGCUCUCUGAUGCUCAGCAUCAGCACAAUUGCUUCGGCUAUCGCCAACGCUUCCAUCAGCACUGACCCGUCCCAGCUGGCUGCUCUGAUCAUGGGUCUGUCCAAGAAAACCAGAGCCAGGAGUGGGCCGGAGUCUGGCGCUGCCUACAAACGGCCGCCCAACACGGAUCAUCAUACCCCCGCUCAGCCAGAUCAGAGCACAGUCUCAGAUGUCCUGCAGAGGAGCAUCUAUGUUGGAGAGACAAGCGCCUUCGACAUGGAAAAAUACUUGAAGAAGACCAAUGUGUCUGGCGGCAGCGACUUAUCUGACACGCAUACGACCUUUAACCUGAGCAGCUGGACCGAAAGUUACAGCAACUGUCAGAAGAACCCCCUAUCAGGGUGUUCCAGUAAACAGGAUAACGCGACUGUGGAGUGUAACGCAGCAACAAGCGGUGGCAGACCUGACAGGAGCUCCGGGCCUCAUUGGUAUCCCAGCUCUGCCAGACGGACAGUGGAGUCGGGACAGAAUUCAGAACCGUUUUGUAAGAAUGACAAAAGCUUACCUAGAGCCUCCCAAAGCUGGAGGAAGUCCCAGUCGAGCUCUCCUCUCAAAGCUCCGUCACCCCGAACUCAGAGGUUGAGAGGUUUAGGUCAGGACCCGCAGGAUGGGCCCAGAGGUUCUGCAGAGAUCACACCAGGGAAUUUAAUCACAACUCUAUCUCGAAGCUCAGAGAAGCAGGCAGAGGUCCCAGGAGAGAGAGCUCAGUUUUCACAAUGUCCUCUACCUGGCAUACUGGGAGAUUUCCCUGAGCAAAGUGUGGAGGAGACUCACAGCAACUUCAGGCCCUCCACCUCCCCUCUGACCCACUCGUCUCCCAGUCAGACCUCCAUUCCCACUGCUGAUACCGGGCUGGCAGACGGACAUCCAGGUCCUGACCUCUCACCUGAGUCUGUCUGUUCCAGCCCCAGUCUCAGCAGGCUCACGUACAUCUCGGUAAACGACAAAACUGCUUUGCCCACACCUGAGCGGCGAAAGAGGGAAUCCACCAUGGGACUGAGCACCACCAUCAUCAGAUUCAGUCCUACCCCACCUGUGGAACCAGAUCUGCAGCUUGACCCAGCCAGAAGUCUUGAUAACAUACAGCAGUCUAAAAGCCUGGACCCCAUACCACCACCACAGGGCAAAAGCCCGGAGGUCCAAUGCAGCAGCGCCGCUCUUAGCUGCACCCGCAGCCAGAGUGAAUGUAGCUACCCUCCUGCUCCUGGGGAUGUCGUACCUGGAUUCACAGUCCACAAGAACCUGCCAGACUCCAGCAAUAGGAAGUUGGAUAAAGUGGACUCAGGCUAUAGCAGCAACCUAAACAUCCAGCAUACCAUCAACUCUGCAGCUCCUCUAGGACCCCAGCAGUGGGGAGCCGCCCCCUCUGCGUCGUCAUCGGUGUACUUAAGCGGGCUCGGCAUGCCGCCCCCUCCUUACACAGCAGAGGCUCUUCAUUAUGUCCACAUCCCAGGUUUUAAGCCUCGAUGUCCAAGCAUGGUGGAUCUUCCCCACAAAGGAGAUGUCCAGUCCAUCCUCACCAGACGCUCCCUCGUCAGCUCGCCGCUAUCUCUGCAGUUCCUAGGAGCUGAUGCCCAGCUGCAUUCUGGGGCUUUUCAUAUGGGACCGCCAGGAAACGGUCUUUACAACAUGUCCUCUACAGGUUCUCUGGUGGUUCCAGGACCUGCUGGACCUCAUCCUCUCACCUUACCCCAUCAGAGUCAGCAUGAAAUGGGAAUAAUGGGGAAACCCUACAGCCAUUAUGGUGGAGAGUCUAUGAUGACCGGCGGUCUUGAAGAACUGAGAGGCCAAGUUGUGGUACCAGAGGAACUUCGCUUCCCUCACGCCUGCUGUGUCGGCAUCGCCUCACAAACCUCCCUCAGCCUCUUCAACCCGUCUGAGAGAUGGCAGCAGGUUUCCAUCACUGUUACCAGCCUAGCCAUUGAUGGAGAGAAGGUGGACAGCUUGCCUUACCAGUGGCUGAUGGUGAAAAACAAGACCAUCAUCGGUCCUAAGAGUACAGAGGAGCAGAAAGUGCUGCUUGUCCCUCCGCAGCCUGGAGUCUACCAGUGCAUCCUCAGUGUUUGCUCCUGGCCCGCCUCGGCUGAGACGGAGCUGGCUGCCAGAGCCAACAUCUUUGCCAGACGGGUGGUGCUUAUUGCAGUGGCAGAAAACCCAGCUUUAGCAAUUGAAGUUGGUGAAUCUGGCUGUUUGGAUUUUGGAGACUUGCCAGAAGGGAGCGCUAAAUCUCUACCUCUGAGGCUGCUGAACAGAACCCACGCUACUGUACCCAUCCGCCUGGUGAUCAGCGCCAAUGCCAUGGCAUGGCGAUGCUUCACCUUCUCCAAAGACCCCGUUGGUAUGACGCCCGAGGCCACACAGCAGGCUGCACACAUGGCCCCGUUGGCCUCUCCCUCGGUCAUGAAUCAUGUGAUGCACGCCAGCUAUGGAGAGAACCCAGAAAGCUUCAUGGUCUGGGUCCAUUUCAAGGCUCCUCAGAAGUUCAGAACUUCUUCAGAAGCCCUGGGUCCAGCGGAUGAGUACAACGCUCGUGUGGACAUUGAAAUGGACUCUCCAGGUCCCAGUCGCAUCAUUAGGAGUAUCCCCCUGAAGGCCAAGUCUGGAACUGCAAGAGUUCAUGCUCCUAAAGCUCUGCAGACUGUGAGCCUUUUAGCUCCUGUGGGUAAAUGUAGUGAACAGACUCUGCCAUUAAAGAAUGCAGGAAACAUCGAUGUUCGCCUGAAACUCAAGAUCAGUGACAACAGCGAUAGCUUUUCGGUGUCACCCGAUGAACUGUUUCUGAGAGUGGCAGAAGAGCAAGGUGUCGUUUUAUCAUUUAAAGCACAAAGUAGCAGGAAGCGUAAAGAAAGCCUUCUCACUGUGUUGGUGCUGCCGUCAGGCCCUCAGUACGAGGUGACGCUGAAAGGAGAAGUAGUCCCUUCUGACUCCGGGAACCCGGUGGCUCUGUCUGCUCCUGUCUGUGGUCCCGCGCUGACCAGCGACAUCCCACCAAUCCUCUCCAAUAAGCAGUUUGUGGCCUGGGGAGGGGUCACCCUGGGACGAGCUGUCCAACAGAAGCUGGUUCUAAGAAACGACUCAUGCAGCACCACACAGCAGCUGCGUUUGCUUAUCCGUGGUCAGGACCAAGACUGUUUUCAGCUCCAGAGCUUGUUCAGCCCUGAGGAGUGUCUAACCCACCAUGGAGAGCUGUCCAUUCGGCCCAGGGAGGAUGUAUCCGUCCACCUGCUCUUUGCUCCCACCAGGGUGGCAUGCAUGUUGGCCAAGCUGGAAAUAAAACAGUCUGGAGUCCGCUCAUCACAACCAGGAGUCAAAUUCAUUAUUCCACUGUCGGGCUACGGCGGCACCAGCAAUAUCAUCCUGGAGGACCAGAGGAAGCACGGCGAUGGCUACGUGGCGACGCUGCCCGAUGUUGCUGUCGGGUGUGUCAGCAAAGUGUGUCUAUGUGUGAGAAACACCGGCUCCAGAGCUGCCUUUGUUAAAGCCGUGGCCUUCUCUGACAUCCAGAGCCGGUUGCUUAUGCACUCUUCCGUCAUGAGCCUGGCCCCGUCACAGUUUGUCCUGAAGGAACGGACGCAAGAGGUGAUCACUGUUCUAAUGAAGUCCACCCACAGAGAGACGGGUCUGUGUGAGUCAGCCAGUAGUCCCUUGGCCACAGUCUGCCUCUUUUGUGGAGAUGAGGUCUCCAGGCAGCAGUACAGGAGGUUGCUGGAGAGCAAGCCAGAGGCUGGGAGGAAGGCUCUGUCUGAGAACAGUCUGCUCAAGAACAUAGACUUCACCGAAACGUUCCUGGGGGAAGAAAGUGUUACAGAAGCCUACGACCUGCCCCUGAGGCCUAACGAGGCCCACAUCUUCAACAGCAACAUGAGUAAAGUGUUGGUGUCAUUGCUGGGGAGAAUAAAGAGUGCAGACAGUGAGGAGAGCGAACACGACAAACCUCAGCUGCCCUCUGACAGCCACUGCUUCCAGGCAGACAGUGGUGUUCCUAAUGGCAGUGUGUCCCUGGAUGUGCUGCCAGUGAAAGGUCCUCAGGGUCCAUCGCUGAAAGUCACGGGAUCCCCUUCAAAGGCUCAAGACUCACAGCACACACGGCCCGAGUCGUGGAUCAUCCACCCACAGCAGCUCGUCCUCGCAGCUCCCACCAUCAAUGGUCUGUCUAGUACCAGCCAAGUUCAGAUCCAGAACAACACUUCUGAAGAGCUGAACUUUGACCUUUCGUGGCCGGCUCACUGCCUCACCAUCACCCCACAGCAUGGAGUCAUUGAGCCUCAGAGCCAGCUGCAGAUUUUGAUCAGCCCAAACCCCUCACUAGCCACAAAAUCUGCCCUGCUGCCGUGGAGUGGACAGAUUUAUGUCCAGUGUGAUGGACAGCAGAAGUUCAUUAAGGUCCAGAUUCGCAGGGACCUGGCUCUGGAUGUGUCUGCAGCUCCAGCAGAUGCAUCUCUGUCGGCCCUGCCUGCUCAGGCUGCUACUCCUGUGCUGCCUGCUCCCCGAUUCAGCAAUAAGCCGCCGCCGGCAGCUCCCGGCCUGGUGGAAAUAAAAAACAAGACCAUCACCUUCCCUGCCACGCUCUCAGGGGAAACUUCAGAGGCCCAGCUGGAGGUGCAGAAUGGUGAAGUGGAAGUCAGGUGGUACCUGUCUUCAUUUGCUCCUCCAUAUGUUAAGGGAGUUGAUGACAGUGAAGAUGUUUACCGGGCCACCUACACGGCUUUCAGAUGUUCCAGGGUCUCAGGAAUCCUGGGGCCUCAUGAGAAGAUGCAGGUGCCUGUUACAUUCCUCCCCAGAGACAGAGGGACUUAUGUCCAGUUCUGGGACAUGGAGUGCCACCCCGUGUCUGAGCCCCAGCAGAAAUCCAGAAUCCGCUUUCAGCUGUCUGGCACUGGGGUAAAAUCCGGGCCAAUGGUGGAACCUCAGGAAGGAAACUGUUUCCUGGUGAGGACUGAAGCCACCGUGAAGAGCAGCAAGAGAUCUGAUUCGUCAGCAAGCAAAGCUGGCCAGGAGGAGGCAGUGCGGCGUGGUGUUUAUUCCCCUCAGGAUCUGUACACCUUCCCGCACACUCGGCUGGGGGAGUCCAGCACCCUGAAGGUCAACAUCCGGAACAACUCCUCCGACAGGCAUGAGCUGAGAUUUAUAAAACCUAAGGAGCCCUUCUACAUGAAGCAUUUUGAGUAUUCGCUAAGAUCACAGCAUUACGUGAAGCUACCGGUCCAGUUCAAGCCCACGACAGCCGGCAAACACACCGGCUUGCUGCUCAUCCAAUCAGAAUCAAGUGGAAGUUUGGCUGUCCAGCUGAGUGGUGAAGCAUUUCUUUGAGUUCUUGCUCAAGAGCGACACAAAGACUAAAACACCAGCGGCAUGCCGCAAAGGUCACCAGGCCGGUCCUGCAUAUGAAUUAAAGCAAAGCAUGCAGUGGAUUCCUCUUUGUAGAAUUAUUUCUCUAGCUGUAGACUGUUACUUAUUGAAUGGAGAAACCAACAGGGCCCUUUGUGUCUCUGAAGAGGGCUCAGCUGUCCUCGGCUCACCCAUGAAAAAAUGGUCUGAUGCAGAAUGAUUGAAUGUAUCCAGCUUACAAUUAGUCUGCACCACUGUGGCGUUUGAAACAGGGACAGUUUUGUCACUUGACUCUCGGCUGGGUGUUUGCCUUCUCUCCUUCAGUUCCAUCACAAGGCAGCAUUGUUGUUUCCACAGCCUCCGUCAGACAGUAGCAGUACCAGUUAAGAUCCAUUUGGCAUUACUUGCGCUUGAUCACACAGGAAGGCCUCUGUCUGCUGUUUGAGAAGAUGGCUGAAGCAAUUCUGCUUUUGGAAAAGUAGAAUUGUUGACCUUUUUUGCCCGAAAUCUGAACCAUAAACAGAAGUCAUUUCUGCCGUUGUGGUAAUGCAAGUUUUGGAGAUGCUAUAUCUUAUUUUGAGAUGUUUUACUUUUAAACAUCUGCUCUAGGUCUUUAUGCAUUUCAGGUCUCUAUGGAGACGAGUCUUCAUCCACUUAAAGCCCUCCUGAACAAUGGUUAUCUGGACCAUGUGCUGGCACCCCUGCAACCUGUAAGAUUCCAAAACUGUCCAGAUGCUUCUAAUUCAGUCUUGAUGAAGGCAGCUCACAGCAACAUUAGGAUGGUUCAUGAUUUUGAUUACAUGCUAAAUCAGUUUCCUUAGGGGUUUUGUUCAGCAACUUGCCAGGUCUGCCUAGUAUGGUUGCCAUGGCAAAAUGUGAUUAAUCACCGUUCCAGGCACAGAGGAUUUGAUCCCAGUUUCCUUUCUUGGCUCCAAGGCAAGUCGCCAAAAUUGCUUGAGGGGUGGGGAGCAUUGGAUCCAUUUCCGUAAUGAGCUGUGGAGCGGGAUAGGCAUGGGCAAAGGUGUGCAAACUCUAUUAAGCAUGUGUUGUUAACUUGUUAGAUGAAACACUUUGGCAGCAGAACACUAAUGUCUGGCAUUGUUUACCUGCACAUACUGCAAGUUUUAUAACGAGGGCACUGUAGUGCAGUGGUAUCUAAGCAACAUUCUGAAAUCCUGGUGACAAUUUGCACUAACUUUAUGUAAUAUUAUGUAUGUAGACAUUUUUUAAAAUAAAGUUCUGUGAUAAAUACAUUUUUUAAAGGUUUUAUUGACUCUGGUGGCCUUUAUUUGAUAGUGAUUUGACUGGAAAGUGGGUAAUGAGAGAAGGGGGAAGAUGUGUGGCAAAGGUCACCCGGCCGGGAAUCGAAUCUGCGACAGCCGCAUAGAAGACCAAGGCCUCUGUAGGUGGGUUGUGCUUAACCGCUGAUCCACCACAAUACCCCCGAUUAAUACAUGCCUGUGGCUGUUUCAACCAUUAUUCCUGAAAAUAACUUCAUCGACACAGUGCAUCUGCAAAGUAAUUAUUUGUUCCAACUAAAGCCAAAAAAGGAUUAUUCAAGAAAACCUGCUCCUGAUUGGUCUGAACCUCGGACUAUGAGAGUGAUUCACCUUCCAGAAAAACAACUUGUGUUUGAGUAUUUAUUUAAAUACAAUUGAGCCCUGGAAAGACUUAAAAAUGACUCUGAAGUUCUAUCGCCCAUUCAUUCUCUCAGCUUGCUUGUGAGAAUCUGCAGAGAGGAAUAACAAAAUGAUAGAAAAUACCCAGAAUGGAUGUCCUGCGUUUGUAGAGAUGUUCCUAAGAAGACUUGAAGCUGUAUCUGCCAAUGUUGCCUCAACAGUAUUCAAAGGCUGUAAAUAUGUGUGAACCUGUGUAUAUUUUGUGAAUAAACUGGCAAAUCAAUUAAA